AUGCUGCACACACUCCUCAGACAGAAGAUGCUCACACUGAUGUGGAUUAUAGCAAUGCUUUUUGAUAAAACUGUAGAUUCUACACAGACAAAGGGUGUAUAUCAGCCAAAAUCGAUGAUCACUGCUGGUGUUGGUGAUAGCGUGACUCUGCACUGCCUUCGACUAGGAGAGGACAACACUGAAGCCAUUGUUUGGUACAAGCAAAAAAUGGGACACGGGCUUCGUGUGAUGGUCACAGUUCAAAAGGACUCCACUUAUGAAGAUGAGUUUAAGUCACCAAGAUACAGCAUUGAGAAAAACAAAAUGAGCUGCCAUUUAAAAAUCACUAACGUGCAACUAUCUGACGAAGCCAUGUAUCACUGUGGAUAUCGAGAUUUUUUAACAAGGUUUGGAAAUGGAACAUUUCUAGCAGUGACAGGUGAUGAAGAUGUAAAAGUGUCAGUAUCACAGAGAGGCGGGUUGGACUCGGUUCCUGCAGGAGCGUCAGUGACUCUGCAGUGCUCGGUUCUCUCUGAGAGCAGAGCAGCAGAACUCCAAGUGCUCUGGUUCAGAGCUGCUCCACCACAAUCCCAUCCUCAAAUCAUUUACACUCAUCACAACAGCAGCCAUCAGUGUGUGAGCGGCUCUUCUACACACACCUGUGUGUACAACUUCUCCAAGAACAUCCUCAGCCUCAGUGAUACUGGGACUUACUACUGCGCUGUGGCCGCGUGUGGGAAGAUCAUUUUUGGGAACGGGACACGAGUACAACUGGAGGGAUCUGUGGAUCCUGUAGUAAUCUGCCUUACUGUAGCUUUGGGAGUGUGUGUCAUCGUGAUCUUUGCAUUGAUGUUUGUCGUAACCCGUAAAAAAAGAGACAAGGGUAAGUCUAUUUAUGACAAUUAAUAAAGUUAUUAUAUUAUUGCUGGUGAUUAUUAGACUGGGUAAUUAUUAUACUAGCUAAAGUAUGUGUCAUUGUAAAGAGUUUGUAGAAAUAUUUAAAGCUAAAGAUAAUCAGCUGAUCUUUAAUAUUAUUAUUUCAGGUUAAAGCCGACAUACAUGUCUGUCUGUCAUUCUGUACCACAGAACUGUUUGUCAGAACUAACCUUUCGUUGGAGACCGGUGUUGCCUAAAACACCAGUGUUGGCGGAGCAUAAACACCGACCUCCUGGGGGUGCCAGGGAGAACACAUCAUUCUUGAAAGAAAUUUUACACGCCACUCCCCGGGGGAGGGCUUCUUCAUGGAGAAGACAGUGCGUAGGUCAGACUCCUUUAAGGCCGACAGUCCCGACUCUUGAGCACGGCAUGGAAGGAAUUUCCUGAUGACUUGUUUAUAUAAUUUCACCUUCCGAAACUUAGUGGCGACGCCACUAGUUUACGGCGUCACCAAACAGGCCGGAAGGCGAGAUGGGGGCAUCAAGGAGUAACGCGCAAUUCUUAUCCUUGUUGCCCAUGAGAUUUAGCCACAGGUGUCUCUCCGCAGAAUAAAACGGGCGAUAGCACAGGCCGUCUGCUUUGUUGCACGACUUUGUGGCUCAGCGUAGUUCCAGGAACGCCCUAUCAUUAAGCCUUACAAAAACCGCCAUGGUGUGCAGUGGAGCACCAGCCUGAUCCGCUGCCUGAAAGCUUUUCCCCACCAGGGAAGAUGUCGGUCUACGCGGCUUGAUAGGGAGUGUGUGCUUUUUUCAGGGAGGAUGAUGUCCCAGGAGAGAGAUAGCCCGCAAGCAUCUUUUCUAUCUGUGGCAUCAUCAUUUAACCCCGUGCCUUCGCAUCAACGAUAUUCGAAUAAAUCGGAGUUGAUGGCACGAAAAACACGGGAUAAAUAAAGGUUAUUCCGUGAAAUAGUUAACUCAUUAUAAAGGUCAGCAAAAAUAAAAGGAGAGAGAGAGAGCGUCGCUAAGGCUUCUCCCCAGGCCACCUCACAGAAACCUGUCGUCUAAAUUUUUAAGCGCUUGGGGAAAUCCCGCUUCUGCGGCCAGACGAUAUGCAAUCGCUCGAUCACAUGCAUUAGUUACCUGCAGUAACUCCUCCAUACCCGUGGAAACGAGAGAAAGGGGGAAUUCCGUCUCAGGCGCAUCUGCCAGAUUGCAUUGUUUAACCCCAGGAAUGCGCCGCAGCUCACGAUUUCUCUUUAGAGAAUCUGAGCCGCACGCAAAGCACUCAAAACAAAGGUGUGGAAAUCGCGCUCCGAAAGAGAUCUAUCAUGCGGAGGUACAGAUCUCCUAACAAACUUCACCAUAUCGGUGAGAUAAUACUUUUAAACUCGCUUGCACACACACACGCGAACACAAUGCAGUCCUAAAGACAAAAAGAUCUGAGGAUGUUUCCGGUUUCACUCCUAUUUAUAACCUGCAGGUGCACUUCAUUAGAUGACGUCCUCUGACCGAGGUUAUAUAUAGCCAAAAUUUUGCCUAUUUGAUACACACAUGCUUCACAACCAGUAGAACAAAAAUAUGUUCCCAAAGCGUUUUCACACAGCAUCGAGUGUAGCUUUUGAAAGGGAACUUUUAGCUGCACUACUGUCGAAAAGAUUGUUAAAGGAAAUUGAUUAACACUUGCUAGACAUCAGAAGUAAAAAAUAAAACGUGAUUGUUGAUAAAAAAAAAUAUGUUCAACUAUAAAGGUGCACUGUGAAUAAUUUGUUUUUGUUUUUUUAAAUUACAUUCUCUUUUCUAUAGUGAGGCUCAAACAAGGUUUUAUGGUAGACAAGACCCUCAAUCAGGACUGUGACAAUAUGGAGUUGAAUUACGCUGCCUUAAAUUUCAGUGAAAGGAGAACCAAAAAAGGAAGAACAAAGAAAAAACAACCUCAAG